AUGUAAUACACAGCCCCAAUUGAGAGAAGGCUUGUCUUUUAGCCAUCUUAAUAGAUAAUGCCAUUAAUGCACAGAAAAGAAAACAUCUUUUCUCCGUUGAGAAUAAGUCCAUCAACUCAAUAGCAUUUCAGUCCAUCAUAACCUCAAUUUUCUAAAGGGAAUGAGUAACAGCAGAAGAGGUAGAAUACUAGUGAUCCGGAGAAAGAGAAAGAGAUAAAAAUAUUGAUAUAGCACAAUUAAAAAAUGAAGGAUCAGAUCAAUUAAUAGGCAAUUGAUUACGAGAAUCUCAAACACAGUUAUGACAAGAUGUAUUAGGAUCAACUAAGAUUGGUGAACGAAUUGGAAUAGAUAUCCAAAGUGUCUGAAUAACAAUUGAAGGAAAUUAAAAUAAAAUAAGAAGUAAUCAAGGAUUUGCAUCAUCAAUUGGAAUCUUAAUGUCAUUCUCAAAAUAAAAAUCAGGAUGAAACUCAAUUGCUCAGGUAAUAAUUAUAAGUAAAAGACUAAGAAAUCUUCAAGUUCAAGGCAAUAUUGGAAGAGAAGAAUUUGGAGAAUCAAGAAAUUCGAAACACUUUAAAUACCAUAAAUCAGAAGGUGUAAUUUAUGACUUAACAAAAAGAUCAAUAAUAUUAGAUCAUUGAUAAAUUUAAUAAGGAAUUAUAGGAUGAAAUAACACAUAAGACCUAGUAAAUACAUGCAACUAGUCAGAGCUUGAGUCAAUCACAACAAUAAGUUACUCAAUUGAAGUUUGAGGUUGACUCUUUGAAAGUCAAAUUGCAAUCUUAAUAGCAAUUGAUGCCCUUGCAAUAAUUGCAGUAGAGAUAUUUGAUGCUUUGUAUGGAGAAUGAUAGAUUACAUAGUGUAAUACAGAAGGAGUAUGAAUUAAAGAAAUAGAUGGAGUAAUAGUAGGUGAAAUAGGAAUAGGAGAUAGAGUAAUUGAAGAAUGAAUUGAAGAAGAUUUCUGAAGAGUUUUCUCAUAUAUAGUAGGGUUUAAUAUAUGAAUAAAAGAAUAUGUAUUUGAUAGAGAAUUUAAAAAAUUAAUUAAAUUAUUAUAUUGAUGAAAAUGCUCGACUGAAUGUCAUUAUAAGAUAGUAAUCAAGAAUUUGA